GAGCGCCCCGCGAGGACCAUUAUGUACAUAAACGAGUCUUUUCGGCAUGAUAACGAACCAGGUGGCUGUAUCACUCCAUCUCCCUCCUAUCUGCUCCUACGUAUAUGUUAUGACAUUACAGGUAGUGCUCGCGGCACUUUGUUGCCUCGUCAUUCCAUUGGGGGCGUAUAGCCAUGAACAGCACCCACUCUAUUCAUGCCGUCUUGAAGCUGAGGAACCAGGGUCUCUGCCAUGGGACGCCCCGCUGAGCAAAGAUGCGACUGGAAACCUCAUAUUCCAUUCUCUUGCAUCGCUCAUGCAGAUGAAGCCCAAUUCCAGGUAUCCGAACGGCCAUUCCAUCGUCCAAGCCAGCAUCCCUCCCGGAACGUUGCUCUACCACGGUCGAGGUGACAAAGGCUACCCGUACAUGGACUGGUUGGCCUUCGACCCGGAACAUUCCCGUAUAUUUGCGCGAGGCGAGAAUGGCACCCUCUUCACCUUUAGCAGCACCCGCGAGCUGAAGCUGCUCUACUUCGACGGAUGCAGCGCAAACAAUCUCGGCAGCGUUACCGAUGCACAGGACAUCCUGGUCUGGGGCGAGGUGAAUCACGGGCCCAGAGACCCGUGGGAUUGGCAGUCUCAGGUCGAUCGCAUCAACGAGACGUGCGCGUGGGGCAGGCCGUACGGCGUGGACGGGUACAUCAGGAUGGAAUUUGACUUUGAGAUAAUGUACUGCGACUUCUCCGACGGAUUGGAGCUGGUUUCUGCCAUGCCCGCGGUCAACGAAGGCGGACGCCCUCCUCCGCACGGUCCAGACAAACCAGAUGAUCGCACAGAGUCUGGUGUCAGUUUCACCGUGCCCGCAUCGCCCUCGUUCGAACGACAGGCUACAUACCACGGGUGGCACACAUCCCGAGCAGACCUACGCAGACCUUACUUCCCACCCAACCCGCCUGAAGGCUGGAAAGGCACCUGGCCAGUCAUCAACAACGCGAUCCGACACGCUGGUAGCUGGCACAACGACUUUCCAGGUGACAUCCGCGUGCACCCAGACCCCUCCACCCUCAUCUCGUUUUACGACCCUGCGCUUACCUCGCUGGUCGCCGCACGCCGCUCCAUGAGUCGUGACGACUACCGGCCGGGCAACAUUUCCGCGGCGGACAUGGCUCGUGUGCGCGCGGAAGUCGCGGAGAUGAUGCAGCGCGAUGCCGGAGAGCGCAGCGGGGUAGACUGGCGGGGGCUCGCGACUGUCAUCCAGGACCGAUUCGGAGACCGUCUGCCGUACCUGCAGCAUUUGCUCCACCAGCCAGCGACGAACGUGUCUGAGCAGGUCGCGAAAGCGCGCAAGCAGUUCUUUGACUCCCUUCUGCCGUAUAUGGAACGUCCGGGGCUGGGAGAACCGGAGUGGUUCGCGCAGAUUGCCCGCAAUUGCGCGACGAGGUUCACGGCGCAUCUACCUGCUGAAAAGUUCACGAAGCAGGAGCGUGUCCUCCGGAACGCGGUUGACGAGGUCUUGCACGAGAUAUGUCGCGUGUUGACACUCGCUUGGACGGAGGCGUUCGACGUAGAGGAGAAGGGCCCUGACAUCGCCGUUGCGCUGAUGGAGAAGUGGAGAGGCCAAGUGGACGCACUGAUCGAGUGGUUAGACUGGCCAAUCUGGUUGAAGUGCGAGCCAGCGUGUGGUAUAUACGAGUUCUGCUAUGUACCACAGCGAGGAUCGCCGUUCAACCCAGAGCCGGACAAAGACAGCGACCAGACACCGCGAUGCGUUGCCAUAGACAGUUCUUGGUGAGUCGUGGGCCGUUUGUAUCUUCAAUUUCCAGCGGUUUUUUGUUAGAAGUACGGUAUGAAUACCUAUCUCAUGUCUUGGACGUAGACUAUUCAUCGGGUUAGAUCAUGAUUGGGAAGUGAGCAUUUCUCGACCU